ACAUUUUUCACCAAACAACCAUAGCACGAAACAAUAUUCUAAAAUCUCGUUAAAGCUUAUCAGAAUCAAGUAGGACGAGUAAAAUUCAAAAUGGGAGACGCAGAAUUGAAAAAGAGCAAGGUUUCAAUGCUGGCCGUGAACCAGUCUGCUACCAAAUCCCUGGCAGCCUUGGGGCAGAAAUCCCUAAGCAGGAUGAAAAUUAGAAGACCAUCUUUUGGAUUUACUGGAGUUCCUGGAAUCAAGCCCGUUGAAAGAACGUCCCAGCUCGCCUUCGAAUUCAAACGACCACCUCUGGUGUACAGUCCUACCUUCCAACUAGACCCCCACGAAAUGUUUCACCUAGAACAUGUUACAAAGAUCGUGGAGGAAAUGAUCGAUGAGAACUUCGCCGGACACAAGUAUAAUGUUCAGGAAUCCCCAGCUCUGGCCCUUCGUCUAGCAGGGGAACUGAUGCGCAAGAUCAAAGCCAUGGCCUUCAACCGCUACCGCGUCAUUUCCGUGGUCACCAUCGGCCAAAAGCGAUCUCAGAGCUUCAAUAACGCCAUAUCAUUCAUAUGGGACUUCGAAAGAGACAACUACGUUGAAUCCCAUAGAGAAACACCAACUGCCUUCAUUCAGAUCACACUGUUCGCUAUCUACCUCGAUUAAGACAAUUUUCUUAGAUGAUUUUAGUUUUUGAGCGUAAUGUUUACUUUAGAAUAUUUAUUUUAGGCUCUUUUAGAUUAUUGAUUAGAUUUUUGAAGAUAUUUCUAAGUGGUUUGUUGAUUUUAGUUUUCUCGUGGAUCAAAAAAUGCAUGACGUAUCAAAGCAUUUUUUUGCAAUAAAAUUGGAGUUUAUUACUAUGUAUAAAAUGUUGAUUAUUAUAAUAGAGUUACUGCUUUGAAAAUUAAGUUUAGAAUGAAUAAACCCCAAUGGAAUGCAUAUUAGAGAAAACGAUGUAACAAAUCACAAGCGUAUAUUUUGAAAUCAUGUUUUUCCUUUUUCGCAUUUAUUUCUGACAUAAUAUUCUCUUUGAUUCGUUUGUACUCAAUCCUAUAAUUUUGAAUUCCAUAAGUUACUUUCGAGAAUAAUUGUACAUGAAUAUUUGAGAAAAAUGGCGUUAACUUUUUUACCAUGUUAUUUGACGUUAAUAAACUGCGUGACGUAUUUUUGUGUAAUUUAUCUUUUGUAGAAUUUUCUUUGGUCUCUUUUGUAAUAAAC